CAACCUCAUGAACUACGUCUGCAACAACAGGACCUCCUACGGCAUCAACUCCACCUACCAAUCCAACGUCGUCUCCCUGCUCGGAUCCCUCGCCACCAACGCGUCCAGCUCCACCGUCGGCUUCGCCACCGAGACGCUCGGCGCCGCCCCCGACCAGGUGUGGGGCCUCGCGCUCUGCCGCGGCGACGUCAAUGCCACCAGCUGCGCGUCCUGCCUCUCGCUCGCCCCGAACAUCACCUUCGGCUUCUGCAGGGGCGUCAGGGACGCGUCCAUCUACUACGAUCGCUGCCUCCUCAGGUACUCGGACACGGACUUCCUCGCCGACCCGGACGCCGCCGCCGCCGCCGCCGCGCCGGUACCGUUCGGUGUCAACAAGGACAUCAACAUCACCUCUAACCCCGGCCAGUACGUCGGGCUCGCCGCCGACCUGAUCGGCGCCCUCGCCGGCUGGGCGGCGCACAACUCCACGAGGAGGUACGCCGCCGGGGUGAUCACCUCCGGCGAAGGGUUCGCCACGACGAACCGCGACCUGGUGUACAGCAUCUACGGGCUGGUGCAGUGCACGCCGGACCUGGCGCCGGGGACGUGCCAGGGGUGCCUCGGCAGGCUCAGGGACAGUAUGCCCCGCUUGUUCAACGGCACGUCCGGCGCGCAGUUCACCGCGGUGUGGUGUAACCUCAGGUACGAGGUGUACCCCUUCUACGACGGCAGCCCGGUGGUCAACCUUGUCGCGCCGCCGCCGCCAGCUCCGGCAAGCCAGAACACAAACAGGACAAAGGGUUCAGGGAACGCAGGAACAGUGAUGGCCAUUGUCCUUGGGGUCCUGGUUGUUGUCCUUGCGUCCGCGUUUAUCAUCUACAUCUGGAGAAAAGGACAAGCAAAACAAUAUCCCAAGGAAGAUGAGGAUGCCGGGUCUCUCCUCUUUGACCUGACAACAUUAAGGAGGGCGACGGCAAAUUUUGCUGAAGAGAAUAAGCUCGGGCAUGGAGGCUUUGGCGCUGUAUACAAGGGGUUCUUGCCAGAUGGACGGGAGAUAGCUGUGAAAAGGCUGGAUAAAGCUUCAGCACAAGGCCUAAAGGAGCUCAGAAACGAGCUUCUACUCGUUGCCAAGCUUCGUCACAACAAUCUUGCAAAGCUCCUCGGCGUUUGCUUGAAGGGACAGGAGAAGCUACUGGUAUACGAGUACCUGCCGAAUCGAAGCCUGGACACCUUCCUUUUUGCACCUGCAGCAGAGUCAAAUCCAUUGUUAGACUGGGAGACAAGGUACCGUAUAAUAUAUGGGGUAGCACGAGGUCUGCUGUACCUUCACGAGGACUCGCAGAUCAAGAUCAUACACCGCGAUCUGAAGGCCAGCAACGUCCUGCUAGACGCUGACAUGAACCCAAAGAUCUCGGACUUUGGCCUCGCAAGGCUUUUCAAUGGUGACAAGACGACUACGGUCACGAGCCAAGUUGUUGGAACACUAGGAUACAUGGCGCCCGAGUACGCAGUCCUGGGGCACCUGUCGGUGAAGUUGGACGUUUACAGCUUUGGAGUACUUGUCCUGGAGGUCGUUACGGGAAGGCGAAACACCGACACAUGCUUUGAAUCAGAACUUGAAGAACCUGGCAAUCUGCUGAGCUACGUAUGGGAUCACUGGUUGAAGAGAACACCACUAGAGACGAUGGAUCCCUCGUUGGACUGCCAAGCCCCGGAGAGCGAGGUGCUCAAGUGCAUCCAUAUCGGGCUCCUCUGCGUGCAGGAGAACCCGGCAGACAGGCCCACCAUGCUGGACAUACUCAUGAUGCUCCACGGCCAAGAGGCAAGCUUUGCGGCACCCUCGAAGCCGGCGUUCACCUUUGCAUAUAGCGAGAUGAUGAACUCUGAAGAGCGGGAUAAUGUGUCUGGAGGCUCGGGUAACCAAAGGGCAGCAGCUGCCGCUGCUGUGUUCUCUGUGAAUGGGAUGUCUGUAUCAGAGUUCCAGCCUAGAUAGAUAAUAGAUACAUGGACAAUUUGUAAAGCUAAUCUAGACGAAAUUUUGUACAAGA